GGGGGAGCCGCGGCCGCGGGGUGCCGAGGACUUUGCAACUUGCCCGGGAAGGUGGAGGGGCGAGAGGGGGAGGGGGACCUCCGCACGAGACCGAGCGGCCCGGGUUGGAGCGCCCAGCCCUGCAGCGGAUCAUGGUGCAGCAGGCGGAGAGCUCGGAAGCGGACAGCAACCUGCCCCGAGAGGCGCUGGACACGGAGGAGGGCGAAUUCAUGGCUUGCAGCCCGGUGGCCCUGGACGAGAGCGACCCGGACUGGUGCAAGACGGCGUCGGGCCACAUCAAGCGCCCGAUGAACGCGUUCAUGGUGUGGUCCAAGAUCGAGCGCCGGAAGAUCAUGGAGCAGUCUCCCGACAUGCACAACGCCGAGAUCUCCAAGAGGCUGGGCAAGCGCUGGAAAAUGCUGAAGGACAGCGAGAAGAUCCCGUUCAUCCGCGAGGCCGAGCGGCUGCGGCUCAAGCACAUGGCCGACUACCCCGACUACAAGUACCGACCCCGGAAAAAGCCCAAAAUGGACCCCGCGGCCAAGCCCAGCGCCAGCCAGAGCCCCGAGAAGAGCGCGGCGGGCGGCGCCAAGGCCGCCAAGGGCUCCAGCAAGAAGUGCGGCAAGCUCAAGGCCCCCGCGGCCUCGGCGGCCGGCGGCGCCAAGGCGGGCGCGGGCGCGGGCGCGGGCCGGGCGGCGCAGCCCGGGGACUACGGCGGCGCGGCCGACGACUACGUGCUCGGCAGCCUGCGCGUGAGCGGCGCGGCCGGCGGCGGCGCGGGCAAGACGGUCAAGUGCGUGUUCCUGGACGAGGACGACGACGACGACGACGACGACGACGAGCUGCAGCUGCGCAUCAAGCAGGAGGCGGACGAGGACGACGAGGAGACGCCGCACCCGCAGCUCCCGCAGCCGCCGGGGCAGCAGGCGCCGCAGCUGCUGAGACGCUACAACGUCGCCAAAGUGCCCGCCAGCCCCACGCUCAGCAGCUCGGCCGAGUCCCCCGAGGGCGCGAGCCUGUACGACGAGGUGCGGGCGGGCGCGGCCUCGGGCGCGGGGGGCGGCAGCCGCCUCUACUACAGCUUCAAGAACAUCACCAAGCAGCACCCGCCGCCGCUGGCGCAGCCCGCUCUGUCGCCCGCGUCCUCGCGCUCCGUCUCCACCUCCUCGUCCUCGUCCAGCAGCAGCGGCGGCAGCGGCAGCGGCGGCGAGGACGCCGACGACCUGAUGUUCGACCUGAGCUUGAAUUUCUCCCAAAGCGCGCACAGCGCCAGCGAGCAGCAGCUGGGGGGCGGCGCGGCGGCCGGGAACCUGUCCCUGUCUCUGGUGGAUAAGGAUUUGGAUUCGUUCAGCGAGGGCAGCCUGGGCUCCCACUUCGAGUUCCCCGACUACUGCACGCCCGAGCUCAGCGAGAUGAUCGCGGGGGACUGGCUGGAGGCGAACUUCUCCGACCUGGUGUUCACGUAUUGAGAGCGGCGCCCCGCUGCUCGCUCCUUCGGCGGGUGCAGCGCAGGGGUCCUUGGGAGGAAG